AUGGACAAGUCCUCGAAACCAAGUCGUACCGAUAUACUGGAAAACGCCUCUAUCCAGUCGUCUGACAGCUACAAAAGCAAGAGACCCGCGGAACGUUCUACUUCGACCAAUCCACUCGAAGACCCGCGGAUGAAGAAAAAUCGAUCAGCCCGAGUCACCAACUCGUCUUCCGAUGAGGGAGAAACGAGUCAAUCGACCCGCGGAGCUCAGAACCCCGAGGAACUCUUCGCCAGCUUGCCAACCUUGGCUCAAACGGAACAGAUAAUCCGUCAACUCCAAAUGAGCUCGGAACGCUGGGACCAACUAGUCCUCGGCCUCGACAUGUCAAGUGCUCGAUUGGCAGCAGCCCUCAGCGGAUCCGCGGAUCAGGGAGAAGCUCCAAGAGCCGAAGGAGCAAACCGCGAAGCGAGACCAUCCGAUCUCGUCGAGUUCUGCCAACGCCAACUCAAAGGCAACAAUCCGCGAAUGAUUCCCGCGGCCAAACAUCGUCCCGAGAUAUGUGGAUAUCCCAUCCUAUCCGAGUCAUCGGAUGAAGGAGACGGGCAGAAGGAGUCGGCCCGCGGAUGCUCAAAAGCCAAGUGGUCCUUCGAGACGAAUCCAGAGGAAGACGAAAUUCCUCAGCUACUCCGUCAACUUCUGAACUCAGUCGACAGAUGGGAGCCAUCGAUCGUCAGCCUCGAGCUCGCAACCAAUCGAUUGACCGAAGCGCUAGUGAGAUCCGCGGAUCAGAAAGAGAAGCAAGGGAAAAGACCGUCGAACCGCCACUUCCGCACAAACAUCCACGAAGAGUUCCUCAACAUCUCUGACAAAUUGGAGAUACUGGAGCUCAAAAUAGAGGUGUUGGCGCAAAAACUCGCGGCAAAACCAUCAGAGCCGACGAACGAGGAAGGAAUCGCGGACCGCGGAUCACUCAAGAAAUAG